ACUCCACUCUUCCCACACAACAUACAACGGAAGUGACAUCACAAUAACGAAAGCGGAAACAUCGAAAACAGUUUGAACGCGCGGUGCUUCUUGUGUAUCUCAUUGUAAUAUUUUCGGUAAAUUGAACUGUGUGUUUUGUACAUAAUGUCUGGAAUUCCUCCGGAUUCCUGGGAGCCACCCAGUGUUGCUCUAGAGACAACGAUGGGGACUAUUGUAUUGGAGCUCUACUGGAGACAUGCACCUAAAACUUGCAAGAACUUUGCAGAGCUGGCUCGAAGAGGCUACUAUAAUAAUACAAAGUUCCAUAGGGUAAUACAGAACUUCAUGGUGCAGGGUGGUGACCCCACGGGAACAGGUCGGGGUGGUGCCUCAAUAUUUGGAAAGCAGUUUGAAGAUGAGCUGCACCCAGAGCUCAAAUUCACGGGUGCUGGCAUCAUAGCUAUGGCAAAUGCAGGACCGGAUACGAAUGGCAGCCAGUUCUUCCUCACCCUCAGACCUACUCAGUGGUUGGACGGAAAGCACAGCAUCUUUGGAAGAGUUCAUCAGGGCAUAGGAGUGCUGAACCGGAUCGGGUUGGUGGAAACCAGUGGUCAAGAUCGACCUGUUGAUGAUGUAAGGAUCAUCUCAGCUACUGUGGCCAUCUAAAAAUCUUUUUUUAUAUUCCAACACACUUUUUUU